AUGACAUUUCACUUUUGCAGGCAAAUGGCGGAAAAGAUAAAUAUGUGUAGUACGAGUGAAAGGAAAGGAGCCGACAAUAAGAAGUCGGAUGUCAAAGACAAACCGCAGUAUGCUCAAGGUCAUAAGGUAUGAAAAACUUCUAGCCUUGCCACCUGGCCGGUAGUCUGCCUUCUCGUGAUCGUUUUCCUUUGCUCCUUUUCAGGAGAAAAAAAUGUUAUUUAGGGUACACGUUAAGUUACGGGCUUCGUCACUUCUUGUUUUUUGGUUUACUUUUUUCUGUUUUUGUCGACUAAUAAGAUUUCGACGAGAAUGGUUUUUAUGUACUUCCUGUUUGUUACUAUUUAGUUUUUCUUCCUCUUAUAUACUGUAAACAUUUGUGCAUACUACCAUUACCCUUCCUCCUUGAAAAGGGGGGAAGCAAGACGAAGGCUGGCAGUGUAUAUAUUUUUAAAACUGCAACCAUAUUUACAAGUUAUAGCCCCAAGUUAUCAAUAUAACGUUUAAAAACGUAAUAUAGAAUCAUGAUCACGUCGGUAUUCCACGACACACAUUUUAAACUGAGCAGUUCUUUUCACGAUGUCUUACUUUCGUCCUUUAGGAUAUAGCAAACAGUCAGGGUAGAAUAUUGAUCUACCCAGCUGAGUUUGAUGCAGAAAACGAAAAGGAAUAUUUAAACUUCCAGCGUUGGUGCAAAGAGGAUGGCAGGGAUAUGCCAUCGUGGCCGCCUGAAGAGGAAACCCCUGAAGAAGAAGAAAAAAAGAGCCAAAGAGACGAAGAAACCGACGAGGACAGCGACGACGAAAGUGACGACAGCUAUGACUGGUACCCAGAAUAUCCAGAACAGUAUAAAGUCACAAGCGAUCCAAUACCUGCUGAAGCAACCAUGAGUCGUCCGAUCGCCUACCUGUUGUUUAGAGACAGAGCCGAGCUUUUGUUUCAAGGCAUCACGAAAGCUAUGUCGUCGGUCAAAAAAUCUACAAAAUUAAGCCCCUUACAGGAAGCAGUUUUGAAGAACAUUAAGGAAAACAGAAAAUUGCCUCGCACUGCGUUGUCGCUUGAGAAAACUAGCUUUCUGGUUCGUGUUUCUGUUCUACGGUCAUCUGUGCCUGUUUACCGAGACAUUAGGGUCCCAUCAAAUAUGAAUCUCCGCAUGUUCCAAACCCGCGUUCUGUGUCCUGUCUUCGACUGGGAUUCAAAGUUGAUACCUUUAAAAUACAUAUACUACCUCCCACAUACCUGCUAUCCCUCUGGGCGCCGACCCUUGUCAAACUUCAAAGACAUUGUGUUCACAACACCCUAUCAAGACGAUUUCACUGGGAUGAUGAUGACAUUCAACCAGGAAGCCACUGAUGCGGAAGUCAUUGACGAUAGGGAUGUUUGCCUCGUAGACUUUUUGCAGGAGCCCGGGCACACUUUAUACUACCAGCAUAACCUUGCAAUACCCUUAACGUUACAGCUCAAACUUUUGCAAGUUGGCCAAGAGGAUACUGUGGAGCUUAUUGGAGGGACGGGCAUCAGUCCACCUGAGAGUCAUUUGGCAACGGAUGGCCCAUUUGACCAAGAAAUACUUGGAAUUGAUGCUUUCAAUCUUGCUAUCAAAUGGCUACAAUCCGUCUCUAUCCACGAGAGCUACAAGAGGGAAGGCAUGCGCCUGUUGCAGAUCCAACUGAAAGACUCAAAGACGUUUGACCCGACAAAAUUUGAUCUACCUGGUACGCGCGAAAGACUUAAUCGAUCAAUUCGUCAUUCUACUGCAAGGACCCACUUACCAAUCACGACAGGACAAUCAAUGGCCGUGAUGUUUUCAGAUGACCCAACAGCCAUUAGGAAUCUCCCAAAAGUAAAUUUUUUGGGAAUGUGUAAAACAUGCCUGAAAGAGAACGUCAAAUUGCUAAAAUGUGGACGUUGUAAAAGCGUGUUUUACUGCUCAAAAGACUGCCAGAAAAAAGACUGGAAGUCUCAUAAAGCAGUGUGUGCCGUUGCGUACCAUAAAUAA